AUGCCGCCAAAGCGUCGCCCAGACAAACCGACCAAGAUCGUCCCCAUCUCGCCCCAUCGCAUCCGCCCGACUUUGACCUCGCCGCCGCCAAUGAAGAGCAGACGCGGUCGAGCUCCGAAGGGCGCGCGUCCCAUUGCCAAAGCCUCUCAGCGCAAGCGCCCCAAGGUCGACGCAAAGGACAACCGCUUCUACACGGCCAAACGCAUCCUUGACGAGAACAAGACCGACUAUCUCAUCGAGUGGGACGGCAUCAACCCCGAGACGAAGAAACCCUACAUGCCGACCUGGCACCCCAAGUCUUGCGCCAAUCGUGCGCUCCUCGCCGAAUGGAAGAAAGAGAAAGGAGGCCAGGAAUGGGCUGCGCAGGGAAUCGUCCACGAGAACCAGUACUACUACAAAAUCGCUUGGGAGGACAACCCGAAGACCGGUGAGGUGUACCCGGACAGCUGGGAGCCGAAGGCAUUUGCUAGUGAAGCUAUGGUCAAGAAUUGGGAGCAGCGCAAGCUUGAGAUGCGCGCUCGAGACAAGACAUCUACCGGCAACGACGCAGCUGCUUCUGAUGACGAAUCGCUCGCCUCAAACGACGAUGUAGAUGCGGAAUCAGAAAAGGAGCACAGGAGCGACGAAGAUGCUCUGCAGCAGCAAAUCGCACGCGAAGUCCAGACCUCACCGUCCCGCUCGAACGAGAAAAGCCCGUAG